ACAGUAGGUCACAAGAUGGCAGAGCGUGCGCGGGCGUCUACGACAUACAAGUCUUCUGCAAGAACCGCCAGAAUUUUGGCGUUAGUGCCUAAGUCUGGUGCUGGUUCCGACAUCGAGAACAGUGAUUCUUCUGAAGAUGAAGUUUAUUAUGCACGCAAAAUUGUGGAAAACAAGAUCGUUGAGGGUUCUGAUUUAAGUUCAGAACCACCAUCACUAGGAUCUUCAUUUGAAAAUUCAAUUUUCAAAUGAAGAUCUUCAUUUACUUUCAGAUAGUGGUGAAGAUACAGUUUUCAUAACAACUGUAAGCUCGUCAGUGAUUGACUCGAAUAUUAAUUCAUGUCAUCAAGUAUCGACCCCAUCUUAUCUUGGUCCAGAUUCACCGUCUAUACUAGCUUCAGUUUCAGUUCCAACUGCUUCAGAUAGCCAAAACCAGCAAAUCAAACACCAAAGUCCACUGGCUACAAUCAUUUCAUCUAUACCAGCUUUCAACGUUUCGCAAAUUUCACCAUUAGCUGGUCGAAAUGAUUUUAACAUUGCAUCUCCAUCUGGUGGCACUCGAUCGAAGAAAAAAACUACAGUUGUUGUCAAAAAGGCACUUGUACGCGUAAAGCGAAUAGAUACGAAAUGGACUUGUACGAAAUCGUUUAAAGGUAAAGCAGAUAUUGAAGUUAGAAUGUUCCCGCCAUCACUGCAAUCUAGGUCACCGUUAGAGUACUUUCGGAUGUUCUUUGACGAUGACCUUAUAGAAUUGAUUGUCCAGCAAACUAAUUUGUAUCACAUGCAAACAAAAAGCACACCACUUAAUGUCACAACGGAUGAAAUAAGGGAUUUAAUUGCGAUACAUUUAUUGAUGGGUGUAGUAAACAUGCCUGCUUACACAGAUUAUUGGUGUAAAACGCUGCGUUACAAUAAAAUUGCUAACAUAAUGCCAUUAAAACGGUUUCAACAGAUCCGAAGAUAUUUACACUUUGCUAAUAAUUUACAAGAUGAUGGAGACAGGUACUUUAAAGUUAGAAAUCUUUUAGAAAGUAUACGCCGUAAUUGUCUCAAAAUUGAAGAGGAAAAUCGUUUCAGCAUUGACGAAGUGAUGGUGCCUUAUAAAGGUACACGAGCUGGUUCACGUAAACAAUACAUUAAAAAUAAACCCCGUAAAUGGGGUUUUAAAGUAUUCGUUCGCGCAGGAGUAUCCGGUAUUAUUUAUGACUUUUUGGCAUACGGUGGAGAGGAUACUUUUCGUUAUCAUGAUUUUACGGAAGAUGAAAAUGGCAUGGGUUUAGGCGCAAAAGUUGUAUUAGCUUUAUCCAAGACAAUCAAACAACAAGCUUGUUCAGUGCUGUACUUCGACAAUUUUUUCACUUCUCUGGAGUUACUGAAGCAUUUGAGAAAUGAAUAUGGCAUCUUUGCUUUAGGGACUAUAAGGCAAAAUAGACUUCGAGGGGCUGCAGCUAAACUGCCGACUGAUAAAAACUUAAAGAAAAGAGGCCGUGGAUCUUUUGCCCAGGUCAUUCCUAAUGAAUGCAAAAUAGCGGUAAUUAAAUGGUUUGACACUAAAUGUGUCACUGCGGCAAGUACGUACACUCACUCCCAACCAGUGCAACAAGUGUGGCGAUAUUGCAAAAAAACAAAAAGCAGAAACCCUGUUACAUGUCCCAACAUAAUUAAAGAAUAUAACAAUAAUAUGGGAGGUGUGGAUCUUGCAGAUAUGCUUGUUGCACUUUAUCGGACUGAAAUGCGAGCACAUCGUUGGUAUAUUCCUUUAUGCUCACAGCUUCUUGACAUAUGUGUUAAUAAUGCAUGGCUCAUCUAUCGUCGUGAAAACAAAGGUAAAAAGCAUAUGAAACUCAAAGUUUUUCGAUGUGCCAUAAGUAAUGAUCUCAACACAUUUCAAAGAACAAAGGAGAUUGCUAAUACUUCUAGAGGUGCGCAUUUUGUCACACCACAAAUAUCUGACUAUGGCCGAUUGGACCAAAUUGGGCACAUGCCAUCUUUUGCAAGUAAAGGCAGAUGCAAGAAAUGCAUAAAAAGUCAGACUAAAUUCAUAUGUGUGAAAUGUAAUGUACGUCUUUGUUUAGUAGAGGGUCGUAAUUGUUUUUUUGAUUAUCAUACUAAGUCAGCCUAAUUUUUUUACUAAACCUAAUUUUAACAACAUUUUUUUAUAAGUCCUUAAUUUAUAUAAAUAUUAUAUUUUUUUAAUUUGUGAUGAUUGUUUAGCAUUAUUUACCAUGUGAUGCCUUGAUUUAAAGGUUACGAUUGUUGAUAUCUUUAAUACUGAUUGUUGAUCUCUUAUUUUAGUAGCAUUUUUUCUUUAUAAAUAAACAUACGAUACUUAAUAGAUAAAUAGUUGUAACUUUAGUUUGUGAUAAUUGUUUAACAACAAAGAUAAUAUAGAUUUGACUUGAUCUAAAGGUAAAAGUUGAAUUUGUUGAUGUUUUUUACUUAUUUUUGAUCUCUUAAAUGAUUAUGAUAAUUAUAUGGGCAAUAUAAGCAAAACAGAUAGUUUUUUAUAAAAUACUUCAUAUUAAUAAAACAUUGAUUGGA